UUGCAUCGCACUCUCACAGUCGCGCAUCCAUCCCAGAUCUCCUCCUCCCUUCCCUGUUCCCCCGCUUCUCUCGCGGCGAUGGUUGACGAGACCCUCGACCCGCCGCCGGCGACGCCGCCGCCGCCGGCGGCCUCAUCGCCGCUACUCCGACCGCGGCGCGUGGCGUUCGAGUACGGCCUCCUGCCCAUCCCCAAGCUCAUCUUCCCGGAGAGCGCGCUGGCGCAGACCCUCUCCCAGCUAAAGGAGAAGCUCGCGCCAGCCGCCGCCGCGUCGGGCGACGGGCGCGUGGGCGCCGCGGCGCUCGCGGAGGCGCUGCAGAUCCCGCCGGAGCAGGCGGCGCUCGCGCUCGGCGUGCUCGCGGCGGUGCUCCCCUCGGAGGACCCCGCGCUAGGCGCCGGCGGGAGCGGAGGCGCGGACCUCCGCGACGUGCUGCUCUUCCUCUACAUCCAGUCGUACAAGCGCCUCGUCCCGCGCCCGCACAAGGACUCCCCCGCCGUCGCCGACGUCUGGCCUUCCACCUCCGCGUUCGACGGCUACUUGUCCGCCCUCUCCCCGAUCCAGCUUGUACGCAGUAAUAGCCGUCGCUUUAUACCUUCUCAAGCAGAUGAAGAAAUCCACCAGUUAUCUUAUCUUCAAAAGCAUAUGGCUAAUAUUCUUACUCUAUUGGCUGAUUCUGUUGAGGGGGAGGGGGAUGAUUCUCUGGUUCUAACAAUGGAGACUUUUGAGCACCUUGGAUUUCUAGUGCAUUUUUCGGAAGGAACAUCCCUAAGCCAGGCAGCCACGUUUUUUGCAAAUUCUGAUCCAGACAUGCCGGCUGCUCCGGUAUCUGCGGCUCAGGUCCAUGAUUGGAUUUUGCAGAAUAUUGCUUCUUCAUUAGAGUUUUAUACCGAGAAAUCUACAGCAAAGGAAGGGAGCCAGCAGAUCGCAUCUGAUCUUGAUGUUACCAUGGCUGAUGCCAAUACAAGUCAUACAAGGAACAACACGCCUACUGUUGUUAAUCCUGCAUUCCAUAGAAAUUCUACAUUUGUGGAGGGUUUCUCCAAAACUUCCGUUGUCAAGCAUGCAUCUGAUGUCAAAGGACAUUCAGUGAAGGUUUUGAACUGCCAUGAUUCUGUUAUCUACAUAUUAGCACCGGUGAAGUAUGCUACCGUGUAUGGAUGUUCUGAUACUACUGUUGUUCUUGGGGCUGUUGGUAAGGUUGUAAAGGUGGAGCAUUGUGAAAGAGUGCAUAUUAUCGCAGCUGCUAAACGAAUCUGUAUUGCCAACUGCCGUGAGUGCAUCUUCUACUUGGGAGUAAAUCACCAGCCUCUCAUUGUGGGGGACAACCAUAAAUUACAUAUUGCUCCAUUCAAUACGUACUAUCCAAGAUUGGGUGAGCACAUGACACAAGUUGGUGUAGAUCCCUCUACCAAUAAAUGGGACCAACCUUUUGUACUGGGGGUCGUUGAUCCACAUGAUUCAUUGUCCCAUCCUGCUGGGGUUUCUGAUGUUCAAGCUGAAUCUGCUAUCUGUGUAGAUCCUGAUUUAUUCACGAACUUUUUGAUCCCUAAUUUGUUUGACGAUGCAGUACAAGACCCUACAGAAUGCAAUCCUUUUCCAUUGCCUGAAAUUUAUCAGGCAUCACAAAGCAAGAAGCAAGCUGUUCUAGAAGAUACUCAAAAAACUAUUCGGGAGCUGCAACUUGAUGAAAAUAGGAAGAAGGAAUUAUCAAGUGCCCUUCAUGCACAAUUCAAAGAUUGGCUAUACGCUACAGGCAACAUCCGCCAGCUCUACUGUCUGCAGGGCGACUAACCACGCCACGAGCUGCUUUCGACAACAGAAGUGUUCAUCUGCGAGACCUUUCAUCCUCUGCUAACCACCUGGCGUGACUCCAGAAAUAUUCGGCGGCCCCUCGUCGAAGUUGACUUUACUCCCAGAGAACCGAAAGAAAAAUGUAAAAGAAGAACAUGUGUUGUUGCCUCAUUUUUUCUUUUCUUUCUGCAAAGUAGACUGAUCGGUUUACCCCAAAAUUUGCUGCUUUGCUGUUAGGUAGGUCGUUAGGAUGUUUUCGGUUUCUCCGUGGUUUGCACAGCUUUUUUGGGUCCUCCAGAAUUUCCACGAAAAUGUAACAGAGACUGUUAACCAGUCAAAGCAAAUAAGCAUUUGAAUCUCAUCCUAUUAUUCAUAAUACUUACUCCUAUAAUAAUAUUAUUAAUACUCCGUAUUUGAUCC